AUGUUGUCAAAUAUUUCUCAUGGAAGUAUAAGGGUGCUACCCUCUGUUUUGAAUUCUUCCCUUUUAAAAACAAUAAGAUUACAAUCUACUAUUGCGCAUGAUAUUACUAAUGACAUUAAACAAGAUAUUCCAAAGAAUAACGUAUAUACAAAUAGUCCUAUUGAUGAAAUAGAAAAGAAACCAAUAGUAAAAAGUUUAGAAGCUAUAUAUCAAGCUCCUAUGAGAAUUCCGAUAGAACAUGGACAUUUAAUCGCAGAUAUACAAUUAAGAUCAUAUGAACAUCAAAAUUUAGAUUUUUUCAUUAAUUUUAUUCAAAGAGUUGGAUUUUAUUUAGGAAUUCCUUUAACUGGUCCAAAACCAUUACCAACAAGAAGAGAAAGAUGGACUGUAAUUAGAUCACCUUUCGUCCAUGCUAAAUCUAAAGAAAAUUUUGAAAGACAUACUCAUAAAAGAUUAUUAAGAGUAUGGGAUACAAAUGAUGAAAUAUUAGAAUUAUUCGUAUCCUAUAUUAAGAAACAUGCAAUGACAGGUAUUGGUAUGAAGUGCAACGUCUAUAAAAGAGAACCAAUUACUAUUGAUUUCGAUAAAAAUGAAGGAUUACCAAGCACAUUAACCUUAGACUCAACUAGCAUUGAUAACGAUCUGGUUAAUGCAAAAGUUCUCGAAUUAUUAAAUAGUCCAGAAUUUAAGAAGUAG